CCCCACCCCACCGUCGCGAACCAGAAUUCUUCACGCCCAACCCAAACCCCGCAUCGCCGGAGCCCCGAAUCCACCCCGCCGAUCCGCGCCGAACCCUAGGGAUCCGCCCUGAUCCGCCGCGGCGCCGGCCCCCUCCGCGCCGCAAACCCUAGCAGGGAUCCGCGGAGCCUCCGCCGGCGGCGGGGCUCCUCCGCGGCGGCGGCGGCUUCGGCAUGGCGGACCUGGUGGGGAGGGGGGUGAGGAAGGCGUUCCCGGGGUUCGGGUCCUUCUCCGGCGUCGUGGAGUCGUACGACGCCGAGGCCGGCUACUUCCGCGUGCUGUACGAGGACGGCGACUCCGAGGAGGUCGACGGGGACGAGAUGGGCUCCAUCCUCGUGGGCGCGCCCAUGCCGCCGCAGCCGGAGACCCCCGGGGGUUCCGCCGGGAAGCGGCCUAAGAAGCGGAGGCGCGGGGACGGGGAGUCCGCGGCCGAGGCCGUAGAUGGAGAUGGGCUGGCAAACGGGCCCGUGCUUGUGACGCCGGUGAAGGGGGGAGGAGGGGGUGGGGAAAAUGGGGAGGUGAUGGCGGGGACGGCGGGGAAGAAGCGGAAGAUUGGCCCUAGCCCAGUUCGUCGCAGCGCGCGGCAAGCCAAGGCGGCGGCAUUGGCGGCUGAAAUGGAGGCGGCAGCUAAUGUUGCUGCUGCUGCGGAGGCUGCUGAGACUUCAUCCCCGGAGGAUGUUUCUCCGGUUCCGAUUGCUGCCAGGCCACAGCAGUCUGGGAGGAAGCGUCAGCGUGCAAAUGGGAGUCGUCGGUCUCGCGCAGUCGCGAGGAAUUUAGAGGAUGCUGCGCUGGAUAGGCUGCGGCAAAAGCCGGACCUGCCACCGUCGUCGCAGGGCCUGAAUUUGGAAGGCCUCCCUGUUAUGGAUGUCUUUCAAGUCUACUCCUGCUUGAGAUCAUUUAGCAAGCAGCUCUUCCUAAGCCCGUUUUCACUGGAGACAUUUGUUGCGUCGCUGCGGUGUAAGCACGUGAACCCCUUGAUUGACUGGGUGCAUUUUACUUUGCUCCGCUCUCUGAAGAACCACUUGGAAGAUCUGGCCCAUGAAGGAGACCCUCCAGCAAUACACUGUAUUAGGAAUCUUAACUGGGAACUCUUAGACCUAGCAACCUGGCCAAUCUAUCUUGCCGAGUACUUACUGACUCGGGGUUCAGAACUGAGGUAUAAUAUGAAGCUUACAGAUCUAAAGCUGUUAGAUACAGAGUACUAUUGGCAGCCAGCAACAGUAAAACUCGAGCUACUGCGCUCACUCUGUGAUGAUGUUAUUGAGAUUGAGGCUAUACGUUCUGAACUUGGUUCAAGGAUGUCUGAGUUAGAUGGAAAUGACGAGGGCGGUAGAGCUACUGGUUCAAGAAGGAAAAAGAGAGGUUCUUCGGUCAUGGCCCUAGCAGAUUCUUCUCAGCCUCCAGAAGGCUCUGAUGAUAUGGAUGAUGGUAACAGUGACGAAUGUUAUCUGUGUGGUAUGGAUGGUAACCUGUUAUGCUGUGAUGGCUGUCCUUUGGCUUUUCACUCAAAAUGUGUGGGCGUGGUGGAGGACCUAUUGCCUGAAGGAGAAUGGUAUUGUCCCGAGUGUUCGAUGCGAAAGUUCAACGGAGCCAGAAAUAUGGCAAAGCUUGUCAGAGGAGCAGAGGUUCUGGGAAGUGAUCCACAUGGACGGCUAUACUUUGGCACCUGCGGCUAUCUUUUGGUGGUUGAUUCAUGUGAUGCAGACUCUCCAUGCCAUUAUUAUGGCCAGAUGGAUCUUCAUUCCCUUAUUACAGUGUUAACUCCAUGUCAUCCGUCUUACAAUCCAAUCCUAAAUGUGAUCUCUUUGUUUCGGGGUAUUGCAACUGAAACAUCUAAUAUUAACGGGCGAUAUGAGAACAGCAAGGAAUGUAGUACCUCGGACCAUGAAACAGACCGCAGACAGUCAUCACCGAAACAACCUAGUGAGCAGGAACAGUAUACCAUAGAAAAGGAUGGCUCUCAACAAUUGGAUACCGGGAAAAUUUGCACCUCAAAUUCAGAUCAGGAUGCCUCACACCAGAAUCGUACCCUGGGACGUGUGUCAGUUUCUCAAAACAGCAAUGAAACUACUGCUAAUGAGAAGCCCAAUCAAACGUCACAACCCAAUGCCUCUAGUGCCAACAAGGAUAGCUGCAGUUCUAAGCAAGAUGAUGUUGGCUUAUUACAUGUUACUGGUUUGUCUGUAGAGAACCAGAAAGAUGCAUCACCUCAAAAAGAAGCAAGUAACUGCUGUCUCUGUUCUAGGAAUGCUAUGUAUAUAAACCACUACAGUUUUGGUCAAAUAGCAGCAUCGGCCGCUGGAGAGUUAAAGCACAAGCUUUCAGAGAAUGAGGAAGGAAAGAAGCAUGGCCUGGGUGCAGUUUCUUUUCAGCUAAAAACAAUAUGUAAGAAAUAUGUUAAUAUUUUCGCACUGACUGAUCAAAAGUUAUCUGUGGAGCUCCUAAAGGAAAAAUGUGGCUGGUGCAACUCAUGCCAAAUCAGUGGUGGUAGUGAUUGCAUUUUCAGAUUUACUGAUGGUAAGUGUAUGGAGAGUCCUAAGCCAUGUGCUGUUGGUCCUUUGUCAGAAAAGAACAAGGAAAGCCAUAUUCUCCUUGCUACACAUAGCAUGUUGUCGAUUGAAAAACGCCUGAAUGGUUUGCUCUGUGGUCCAUGGCAAAAUCCACAACAUAGCAUGUAUUGGCGUAAGGCAGUUCUGAUGGCUUCAGAUGUAUCAUCACUGAAACAGCCUCUUCUCACGUUAGAGUCCAGUCUGCGACGUGUUGCCUUCUCAGGAGAAUGGCAAAAACCAGCAGACUCUGUUGAAGUUGUUGGGUCUGCAGCUCAUAUCUUGGUCCGUACAUCUAAUAAGUCUGCAGGUUAUGCAAUUGCUAGAAAGCCAGGGAGGAAGCCACUUGCUAUUGAGCUCAAAGUCGACUACCGUGAUGUUGGUGUUUAUUGGUGGAGGGGUGGAACACUGUCUCGUCAAGUGUUUCACUGGAAGAGGUUGCCUCAGUCAUUGGCAUGCAAAUCUGCUCGGCAAGCGGGACGCAAGAAAAUUCCCACCAUAGUGUAUCCCGAUGGUUCACAGUUUGCCAGGAGGUCCAAAUACAUAGCGUGGCGAGCUGCUGUGGAAAUGGCACAAAAUGUGUCCCAGCUCAUUUUGCAGAUUAAAGAGCUUGAAUUGAAUAUCAAGUGGACUGAGAUACUGAGUUCUCUCUCUUCUGCAAUUGCAACAAAGGAAACCCAGAAAAUAGCAAGGUUUUUCAAGAAAGUUAUAAUUCGCAGAAAACGUAUAGAAGCAACGAAUGUGGAAUAUCUACUUGAUUUUGGAAAGAGGGAGAAUAUUCCUCCUGUUGUUGCUAAACAUGGAGUAAAAUUUGAGGAGCCCUCUAGUGAAAGGAACAGGUACUGGUUGAGUGAAAGUCAUGUCCCUUUGAGUCUUUUGAGGGCAUAUGAAGCCAAAGCAAUAAAUCGCUCACUUAAAAAGAAAGAGACUGAUGAUCGCCCACUUAAAAAGAAAGACACCGAUGUUCUUCCCAAGAAUAUGAGCGACUUCAGUCCCCAAAAGCCAAAAAGAUCAAGAUCAGUGUUUGAUAACCUCCUAGAGAAAGCACAAAAACUAGAGGAAGCACAAAACCUCUUAGAGAAAGCACAAAACCUUCCCAGUAGGCUUUGCGGUCAGUGUUUCAAGACAGUAACUGCCAGGGAAGCUGUGAACUGCAAAUAUUGUGAAGCACUUUUCCAUAGAAAACAUUUCAACGUUCCUAGAGGUGCUGUGGAUACCGUCUAUGUUUGCAACAAGUGCCUAGCUGAAAAGGUCGAGCCGGUGAUGUCUCCACAGAAAAAGGCAGCAUCAAAGAAGAGCUCUCCAAAAAAGAAGCAGAAGAAGCAACUACGAAAGAGUUUAAGGAGAAGAAAACAGAUAGUUAUCAACCUCAAGAAGAAAGCUGGCCAGAAGAAUGGCAAGCGUGGCCGUCCUAGAAAGAAUCCAUUGAGUGGGUCAAAGAAUAAAUCACAAAAGAUGUCUGACAGUCAACCAUCAAAUGAGGCCAAGACUGAACCUGUGAAACGCAUAUCAAAAAGGUUAUAUGAUAAGUACAUGAAAGGCAACUCAGAUAAAUCCGAGCAUACAGCAAGCUGUCGUAAGAAGAAGAGGACAGCUUCGCAUUACUCGUACUGGUUAGAUGGUCUUCGAUGGACACAGAACACAGAUGAUGAGCAGGCAACAUGUUUUAGGAAAGCAAGAAUAGUUUUUCCAUCUGAAGAUGUUAAGAUUGCAGAAACCAGUCCAGUAUGCUGUCUUUGUAAGAAAAGCUACAGUCGAGAUGCUAUUUACAUUGCUUGUGAGAAUUGUGAAGAUUGGUUCCAUGGGGAUAUAUAUUCUAUUACCAUAGAAAAUGCCAAUAAUCUCAUAGGCUUCAAGUGUCAUGCAUGCCGUCUGAGAGCUGUUCCUGUUUGUCCAUAUGCACAAGCUGAUGCAAUUCUUAAGGAUCAAUCAGAUAGGGAAGACACCAUGAAUAGGUCUAUAGAGGACAAGGGCAUCAAUUGUCCGAAAGAUCUCUUCACUUCCGAUGAUCUGAAAGAGCUUCAUGGUCAUAACAUUGAGGAGCUCCAGAGUCAUAGCAUUGAGGAACAGGUUCCUGAUAGUAUUUGUUUGGAAGUGCUAGAGGAUUAUAAUGAUCUGAAAGAGCCAGGCAGUCAUAGCACCGAGAAAGAGCUUGAUGACUGUAAUGGGUUAAAGGAGCCGGAGAGCCAUAACAAUAUGGAAGAGCUUGACUGUCAUAGCACUGAGAAAGAGCUUGAUGAUUGUAAUGGGUUAAAGGAGCCGGAGAGCCAUAACAAUAUGGAAGAGCUUGACAGUCAUAGCAUUGAGAAAGAGCUUGAUGAUUGUAAUGGGUUAAAGGAGCUAGAAAGCCAUAACAAUAUGGAAGAGCUUGACAGUCAUAUCACUGAGAGGAGUCCUCAUGAUCAUAAUAAUCUGAAUGAGCAUGACAGUCACUGGGGUGAGAAAAAGCUUGAUGAUUGUAACUGUCUGAGUGAACUUGGCAAUCUCAACGAUAUGAACAGUCCGAAAGAGCUUGAUUGUACUGAAAAUAGCAAAUUUGCUGUGGGAGAAAUACAAUGUCUGAAAGAGCUGGACAAUCUAAAAGAUCUCGGUAAUCUUAACAGUACAAAAGAGCUUGAUAAUCACCACCAUAUGGACAAGCUUGACCGCCAUAGCAGUCUAAAGGAGCUUGAAAAUCAUAGUAGUGUGGAAGAUCUUGAUGAUCAGAACCGUCCGAAUGAGCUUGGUAAUCAUCAAAACCUAAAAGAGCUUCAUAGUGCUCAAAAUGGCAAAGUUACUGCAGUAACACAUACAGAUGGCUUUAUAGAUGAGCAGUUGAACGCUAGAAUAUCUAACAAAGAAGCCAUGAUCAUGACAUCAGAAAGUGAUUUGGUGAAGGAAUCUAUUGCUUUACAAUCCAACGGUAGUUCCGUGGAUAAUGUUGUUCCUGCUGAACUGGAGAUGGAUCUUCAGGGUCCCCUCAGCUUCUUGACUUUGUAGGAUAUGUCAAAAGGGAAGUGCAUUUUUCAGCAUGACUCUCCGACUGUUCAGUCUUGCUGCUGCUUUGGUAGAGAAUUCCUUCUGAUUAGCUUGGGUUGUUGAGCUACCUGACAGCUUAGUUUUGUGCUAUAGGAUAUUACAUUGGUGACACAACCCAGUAAUAAUAAUCUACAAAAAGGAAAAAAAUAUGUUUGUGGAUUCAUCGUAUUUUGGCCAUUUCCUUAUGGAAAUAUGUUGACCUGACAAGCGCAGCAUUGGAGCUAUUGGCUAUGCCAUCACAACUGUUUAUUAUGGUUAACAUUCUUGGCAGGGCUGACAUAGGGAAUAUCUGGGUGUCAUUUUUUCCCAUGCUUCCUGGUCAGAACUUGUGAUUCAUGUUGCACUAUGAGGUUAUGUGUUGAUUGGGACGCCUUUGGGUACAAGCGGCUGGUUUUUGGUUGUGCUGCACUAACCUAUGAUGCACAAGGAUGGAGACAAAGACAAAGCACUCGCUACCGCCUUCGAUCAUGAGGCCUUCCCAUUCUCCAGACCUCCCUCGUGCGCUCAUAGACGGCGUGCCAGACUGACUAGUCGACCCGAUGUUUCAUUUUUCGCAUUCCCCAGUGCUUCUAACGGCGUUCCAAUUCAAGCGCGACCCGGACAUGCUGCGGAGCAGUUCAUGUCAGCAUCCUUGAUCUUAUUAUGCAUACAUAGGUUUCCUUUAGGCUUUAUUAGGGGAGAAGCUCAUGCAGUGUGACUGUCAGUUUCAGAAGGGUAGUAGAACGCUGCUGUCACGGUGCUUGCUGGUUCGGUUCUGGUUUAGCGAGGCUGCCAGCAUUCUUAGAUGUAAAAAAAUCUAGUCGUCAGAUCAAGUGUUUCAGUGCCUUA